GCAGGUAACGCUGCCCCAGUCGAGCCUGGACAAGUGGUGAGUGCACACGCGCAGGGGCGAGGCUGCGCUGGGCGAGGGUCGGGGCCGAAACGCUGCCCCUGGGGCUGGGUUCUCCCUCUGCACCCAGGGCCAAUCCCUCACCAGAACACCUGGGGCACCGAAUGGUGCUGCUGCUGCUGGGGCAGUGGGACAGGCCUUGCUGCCUGCCAGCUGCCCUGGGGCCCUCUCCUUCCUGCUCCACAUCCCCGCUGCUCCCAUUCGUACUCCCCUCACCUCUCGCUCCUUCCCUCCCUUUCAGCCCCACUCAAUCCCUUCUCUCUCUCCUCCUGCAGGCCAUGGCUGCGAGAAUGUUUCUUCUCGUGCUUUUGCAAACCCUCAUCCAGUACCCACAGAUGGUGGGUGAUGGACUGGAUGAGGUCACCCGUCUGCGCAUGGAGCUGCGUGAAAAGCUCCUGGACAGAGAGAUGACUCGGCUGCUGCAGGAGCUGGAGCAGAGCAGCCUGGAGCACAGUGUCAGGGCCUGGGGAGCCCUGCUCUGGGCUGCCUUGCAACAGGGGGACUUCUGGGCCCUGGUUGGAGUCCCGGGCCUUCUCUUGUGGUUGUGGUUUAUCCGCAGCAGAAGAAACCGCCAGCCAGACAACAAUGGUCAGGAGGAGGGGGCAGGAGAUGGCGAUGGUGGUGGAAAUGAAGGGGAAGAAAACCGUGAUGCGAUUGUGUGGGAAGUCAACAACGAUGGUGCAAAUGAAGGAGAAAACCACGAUGUUGUAAAUGAAGUAGAAGAAGAAGAUGAUGUUAUUGCCCACAACCUGAGACGGCGUUUAGAUGAGCACAUAGAGCACCUGCUGCAAGGAAGAGCGAUGACAAAUUUAGUGAUGGACAGCUUUAUGAUGUUCUUUGGACACCUCUUGUCAGACAGUUCAUACCCAGUGCCGCAACGAGCCAUUGGGGUGGGCAGUGCCUUUGAAGGUUGGAGUCCCCGGGAAGAGGAUGUGGUGUACAGUGUCCUUGUACCUCUCACUCCUCCCCGGGGGCACACCUUCCAUCUGGAGAUGGACACCUCAGGCCACAUACCUGGCAGGAACUUCUUCAUCCGCGUGGAGCCGGUGUGCACCUGCCCAAGGGAGCAGCAGGAUGACAACGUGCUGUGCUCCCUCCACCACCCAGAGGAUGAGCAGAGGAGGAACGAGGAGCCCAACUUCCUAAACACCCUCUGCACUGGCUCCUACCUGGAUGUGGAGAAAACUGCCCGCUGGUUCUACCAGUUGGUGAGAGCGGCCUGGCCGGCUUUGCCUCAGUCACACAGUUGGCAAAUAGUGCUGCUGCCCUCCAGACGCUGCUGCAAAUUCAAGCUGACCAGAGGCAGAGAGAGCCUGACGGUUGAGGUGCUCUUUGGGGUGCAAGUCGGCAAUUCAGACAUCUACGUGAGCAGCCAGCCUACAGAGUCCCUCUUCACCCCAAGCACAAUGUGGCCUGAAACCUACGCCGUGGCAGAGAUGAAGUUCUUUAGGCUCAUUGCCUGGCAGGCUCCACCUAAAAGCUGGCACCUCAAGUGCCUGCAUGUCUUGGCCCGAGCUCUUCUGGGGAUAGACUUCUCCACCUAUACCCUGAAGACCAUUGUGAUGCACCUCCUGAACACCAUACCUCUGUCAGGCUGGCGCAUGAGGCAUUUCCGCCGGCGGCUGGAGGAUACCAUGGAGUACCUGCACAGUUCCCUGGAGGAGAAACGCCUUGACCACUUUGUUGUGGGCAACCGGACAUUUCCUCAAGAGAUUCUCUUGCCCCCUGAUGUCAAAACCGCCGAGCCACCCAACCUCUUCCAUCGCCUGGCACAGGAUCCGGUCGCCCACACGCAGGCAAUGGACGAGUGCCGUGAACUGGGACAUCGGCUCUCAAGAAUGCUGCACGACGGCCACUGAAAGAAGUCUUCCUGCACACAACUGUGCUUGGGGGGCUCACAACUGGUCAAAGACAAGCACCUCCUACCGCAAGGAAAAAAGUGAGGAGCAUGUGGAACAGAGAGAGGGAAAGGAAAACCCUUU